GUGAACGAUCAAGGGAGUCGACCAAAUUGUGCAUAAUCUUCUCUAGCUAAACACAAACCAGGCAAAAUGGGCGAAGAAAUCGGAAAAAUAUUUGUUGGUGGUGUUGACCGCAACACACAUGCAGAUACAUUCCGAGCAUACUUCGAGAAGUUUGGAAAGCUGAGUGAUAUUAUCUUGAUGAUGGAUAAAGAUAAACCUGGUCAGAACAAAGGCUUUGGUUUUGUGACGUUUGCUGACCCGGCCUGCGUAGACGAUGUGACCAACGAAAAGAACCACAACCUGGAAGGAAAAGGGCUUGAUUGCAAACGUUGCAAAGCUCGAGGAUCAGAGAAGAGAAUGGGACCAGGUGAUCAGAGAACUAAGAAGGUCUUUGUGGGAGGUAUCUCACAACAAGCUACCAAAGAAGAUCUCUAUGAACUAUUCAGAUCACAUGGAAAUGUGGAAGAUGUACAUAUUAUGAACGACACCGACACUGGAAAACACAGAGGCUUCGGCUUUGUGACGUUGGAUAGUGAAGAAGCCGUAGAGAAAUUGGUCCGAAUGCACCAUCUGGAGCUCAAGAAAUCGAUGGAGAUCAAGAAGGCCCAGCCUAAGAUGAACCGAGGGUUCGGAGGUCCAGGAGGACAGGGUGGCCCAGGGGGUCCAGGAGGCUUCCCGCAGGGGGGUAACUGGAACCAAGGUGGUGGUCAAGGAGGAUACGGAGGAGGCGGCAGCAACGGCUACGGAGGCGGCAACCAAUGGGGUCAGCAAAUGGGUCAAUACGGUGGUGGACAGCAAGGUGGUGGUUACCAGCAACAGCGAGGUGGUGGUCAACAGCCAGGCUACAACAGGCAACAGCAGCAACCACAAUCAGGCUAUGGUCAACAAGGACAACAAAGUUAUGGAGGUGCACAAAGCUAUGGUAGUUAUGGAGGCUAUGGACAGGCACAGCAGGACCCUAUGGCCAACAACAACAGGCAGCACCUCAGCAGCAGUAUGCAAGCCAAGGAUCGAUGGGUAGCUACGCUCAAGGCAUCCGGCUAUGGACCUCAGAGAGGAAACUACAACCAAGGUUAUAGUCAAGCAGCUCCCCAGACACAGACACCCACGCCACAGCCACCACAGCAGCAGAACUAUGCACAGGUGGAAAGCGGUCAAGACAUGUAUGGCACCAACAACUACGGCAAGGCUAACAUGGGGGGAAACCAGUUCCAUCCAUACAGUCGAUAAUCAGCUAACCAGGAGCUCGUGAGAACAACCCUCAGUCUCACAUAUCUGUUCUCUAUGUUUGGUAUGAAGGGCUGUUUUCAUGGCUGGUAUUUUCAUGAUCCUGCUUGUAAAUCAUCCCAUUUUGUGUGUCCAGUUCUAUGAUAUUGUUGGAGGGGGGGGGGGGGGGGGGGGAUAAUUUGGUCUUUGUAUAGCUUGUUUAACUUUGAAUGUAAUCACUGACAGUCUGGUGUAGUCCUUAUGCAAAUUUGUUUAAAUAAUUGCACGUUAUUAUAUGGUUCGUAUAAUAAAGAGUGAAAUAGAAUAUUUGACACAGUGUGAAUACCUGCAAAAAAGAUAUAUGCUUUGGUUUGGUCCAUAGUUGUGCAAAUUGGGUUUGCUACAAGGCUUCUACAAUUGUCAUGUGUUGAGACUCUCAAAGGAAUUGAAUUCUGGCAUUCCAUCUAUUGGUUGAAAAGAUAUCAAAACAUCUCAAUAGGUUCAUUUUGGAAGAUGAAUUGCUUUGUAUAAAAAAUACACAAUAGUUGAAAACAUCACUGACUUGAAAAAAA